GACAUUCAAAUCAAUGCAGUAGUACCUUAUAGCACUUUUAUAGUCAUCGUGAUGAAUAUCAUCAUGUGGUGAAUCAUCAUCGAUCGCGUUUAAUCUAUCAUGUAAUCGUAAUCAACGUAACGACACUCAUAAAAAUAUAAAAACUUCCAAUCAGAUGGAAUCUGGCGAAAUCGAAAGAUACAAGGCUAACAAUAUUCAAGAUUUGUAGUAAGAGGGAUAUAUUAAAUAUAUCUCUCACUUUGAUGACUUCGGAGUGUUUCGGGUAAUUCCGUAGGCGCGGCUCGGAAUACGUAUACAAGUGUAUGACGCUUAAAUGUGUGUAGAACACACGUUAUUCACAAUCUACAAGUACAGGAGGAUCGAAGUCGAUAAGUUUUCAAUGUCUCUUCAACUCCUCUUAAACUUUAGAUUGCUCUUGCCACUAUUGAUAUACAUAUAGAUAAUAUUUGAUUUAUACAUUUUGUAUACUAACAACAAUUCAAUAGAGUGAUAAAAUCAAAAUUUUGUGGAAAAAAAACCGUCAAGAUGUCCACUGAAUUGAUUGAGGUUGCAUCUAAUGAGAUAACUCGUGCAGUAUCGCAAGACUCUGAAUACGAUGACACUUUGGAGGUACCUGAUUCAUUAGAAAUAACAAUUAAUGAGAAUGGUGAAACAAUACAAAUUCGUAAAGAAGAAAUAGAAUGCACGGAUAGUAAUAGAGAAAUCCUUGGUAUUUCUUUCACUGUUAUACAUAAUCUGCCAACAAAAAGUAAAAACCAAAAUUAUAAUGUGUUUAUUCCCGGCGAGGAAGUGCAAGUAAGAAUUAUAGACAUUGACCGUAGUGUGACUACGCAUCCUUUGAAUCCAAAUCUAUAUACCAUAGAAUUUAGACAUGGACCUUUUGUCUGGAUUAUUAAAAAGCGAUAUAAACAUAUUCAAUAUCUGCACAAUCAACUAAAGAUAUAUCGUACUAGUCUGAACAUACCUUUCCCUACAAGAAGUCAUAGAGAGAGAAGAAAUAGCUGGAAAAAUACUGGAGCUAAGAAUGAGAAAAAAGGGAGACGAAGUGCUUUGCCAAGAUUUCCUAAUAAACCUGACAUUCUAGUACCUUAUGAGCAGUUAGGUCAAAGAAGAAAAGAACUAGAAGAUUAUUUAUAUAAUUUACUUAACAUAGAAAUCUACAAACGUCAUCCUGAAACUAUCAAUUUUUUGGAUAUUUCACGCUUAUCUUUUGUGGCCGACUUAGGAAUGAAGGGAAAAGAAGGUACAAUUUUGAAACGGACUAAAUCAGGAGCUAAAACCAGAUGUACCUUCUGUGGUCUGUUCGAAUGUGGCUUCUGCAUCAAGUGCAAUUACCUAUGUGCCUCUCUCUGUGGCAAGUGGCAUAAGAGACAUCUCAUCGUUAAGGAAAGCUUCGUUGCACACCUUACACAGGAUGGAAGAAUAAAAUCUGUCAUUUUGAUGGACAACGGUUUUGGGAUUAGUUUUGGAAUAUACAGCACAGGUUCACGAAGUGGGAUACAGAUUGCGAAUCUAAGCAGGCACAUAGUCAUCAAGUGCUGGACAAAACGAAAGGCUAAGGAGUGGAUGGAUUUCAUACAAGAAAUUAGUAACCAGGAAGGCAAAGAUUUUAUACAAACAAAUCCACAUAAUUCAUUUGCUCCGUAUCGUUCAUCUGUAUUUGCAACCUGGUUUGUGGACGGAGCCGAUUAUAUGGCUGCUGUGGCUGACGCAUUGGAAAAUGCCAGGGAGGAAAUUUUUAUUGCAGAUUGGUGGCUCUCACCAGAAAUUCAUAUGAAAAGGCCGAUGCUUAAUGGAGAUUAUUGGCGACUAGAUAAAAUUUUGCAAAGAAAAGCAUUCGAGGGUGUUAAAAUAUUUAUAUUGAUAUAUAAGGAAAUUGAAGUCGCUUUAGGCAUAAAUAGUUACUACAGCAAACAAAGACUUGUGGAGCAGUGCCCUGAAAAUAUAAAAGUAAUGAGGCAUCCGGAUCACGCAAGAGCGGGCAUUUUUCUUUGGGCUCAUCAUGAAAAGAUCGUGGUUGUCGAUCAAUCUCUAGCAUUUCUUGGUGGUAUCGAUUUAUGUUACGGUAGAUGGGACAAUAACGAGCACAGAUUGACGGAUUUAGAAUCCAUUCAUCAAUCGAGUAUCUACAUUCCUUCAAAAGACAGGAUGACUAAUACUAGUAGCAAAAAGGUAUCAGCAACCUGUAGCAACACAGACAGGCAUGUAUUAUUACCAUUGGCGAUCGCAACGAAUACUAUAGCUAUGGUAACUGCGAGAUCCAUGCCUUUGUUGCCGAUGAUUCAUAAGGACAAAGCGCAAAAGGGUCAAACGUUAGGUGACAAUUCACUUUUUAUGCUGCAAGAAAAGGAAGAUAAAAUAAAAUGUAAUACUCCCGAAAUGCAGAGAAAAAAUCUAUUUGAUGUGGCGAAAACGACCGUCGAUAAAGUGAAAAACACCGUGAGAGUAAAAAGGCAGGAAUUAAUUAAUAUGGUGUACAGUUCUCACGAAGCAGGCUCCAACGAAGAUGUCGACAACAAACAAGCACUAUCAGAAUUCGAGGAUACGGUGGAUUUCGCCUGCGAUUUAAAACUCACGACAAAAUUGUGGCUCGGUAAAGAUUAUACGAAUUUCAUCGUCAAAGACUUUAACGAUCUUGAAAAGCCAUAUCAGGAUUUAGUUGACAGAACUACCACUCCUAGGAUGCCCUGGCACGAUAUUGGAAUUUUAGUACAGAAUUCCGCUGCUAGAGACGUGGCCAGACAUUUUAUACAACGUUGGAAUGCCGUUAAACUAGAAAAAGCAAAUCUGAAUCUAUGUUAUCCUUACUUAUUGCCAAAGUCAUACAAACACUGCAUGAGUUACGCUCCAUUUAUUAUAGAAGCAAAUAAGCACAAUGUCAAGUGUCAAGUAUUGCGAUCGGUGAGCUCUUGGUCAGCUGGUUUUCUUGAUCCAGAAACUUUAGAGCAAAGUAUACAAGAAGCUUACAUUCAUGCCAUCAGUAAAGCAGAAAGAUAUAUAUACAUAGAAAAUCAAUUUUUCAUCACACUUGCCUCUAUGGAUAAAAGUAUUGUGAAAAAUCGAAUUGGCGAGACAUUGUUGAAAAGAAUCCUGAGAGCGCACAGAGAAGGCUCGGUGUUUAGAGUAUUUGUCAUAAUGCCUUUAUUACCAGGUUUUGAAGGAGAAGUUGGAGGACCAAGUGGAACAGCAUUACGAGCAAUAACGCAUUGGAAUUAUGCCUCUAUAUCGAGGGGAAAGGAUGCUAUUUUAAAUCAACUUAUAGAAGCAGGUAUAGAGGAUCCUAGUGAAUACAUUACAUUCCAUGGCUUGAGAACACAUUGUAUGUUAAAUGGUACAAUGGUAACAGAACUUAUCUAUGUUCAUAGCAAAUUAAUAAUAAUAGAUGAUAACACAGUAAUAUGUGGAUCAGCUAAUAUAAAUGACAGAAGUAUGAUCUCUUCAAGAGACAGCGAGAUAGCAGUAAUAAUUCAUGAUCAGGAAUUUGAAGAUGGUCGCAUGAACGAUAUACCUUUUCUUUGUGGUAAAUUUGCUUCUUCUUUAAGAAAACAAUUGUUUCGCGAACAUUUAGGACUAUUAAAUAGUAAAGAAGACAUCAACAUCGACGAUAUCAUUAUCAAGUCCUUCUAUAAAGAUGUGUGGUGCGCCAGAAGCAAACAAAAUACAAAAAUAUACGAAGAAGUAUUCCAGUGUAUUCCCACUGAUAAAGUAGUCAAUUUUUCUAUGUUGAAACAGUAUCAAGAUAAAAUACCCAUUUCACUAUCCGAUCCAUUAUUAGCUCAAGAAUUAGCGGAAUGUAUCAAGGGUCACUUGGUCGAUUUGCCAUUACAAUUCUUAUGCAAUGAAGAAUUAAAACCUGCCGCUGGAACGGUAGAAGGAAUGAUGCCAACUGCAUUAUGGACGUAAGUGUAUGUGUUAUCACGAGAGAGAAGAUGACUAUAUUUUUAACGAUUUAUUGCAUUUGAGUACAAAUUAAUAAAAGAUUUUUAUUAAUGUAUAAA